AUGGAUCUACCCUGGUCGGAUGGGGUGUAUACCAGCGAUGUCCCACGAGAUUUCGAAGAGAUGCGGAUGAGAGAAGAGAGGAAAGAACGGAUAGGACAGUACUGGAACUUGCUGGUUGCUGACCAGGAACCCAAAGUUAGCAAGCAAACCCUGUUAAUGUUAAUGCAGGAUUUGAAAGAUGAAGGAAAUACUGUAUUCAAAGAAAGUCACUAUGAUGUUGCGUGGAUGCAUUAUCGAAAUGCAUUAUUUAUUGGGAGGAUAUUAGAGACACGAUUCUAUCAUGAUGUGGAUAAGGAAUUUGUAUCUACUCUUUUCUCAAAUAGAGCAUUCUGCUGUCUUAAAAAGGAAAUGUACAACGAAGCUAUUCAUGACUGUGAGAAAGCUAUUGAUAUAUUUAGUUCAAACAUCAAAGCCUACUAUAGACAAGUACAAGCCUUAAAAGCACAGAAUAGGACUGCAGAGGCCCUCAAGAUUGCACAACAGGGGCAUCUCAAACAACCUAAUAUCUUUAGAGAGUUAAUUGAAGAGCUUUCUGAUGCCUUGGAAAUUGAAACCUCCUCAAAACAGAAAUCAUCUACUGCUAAUAUAUCUGUUCAACAUGCUCAGACUGAGGCUGCAAAUCAACCAGAUGCUGAUUGGUUAACUGGAACAAAUAUACAUGUUAAUGAGAAUUCAUCAAAAGCCAAAGUCAUGAAGAAAAACUCUGGUGGCAAACAGAAGCAGCAGAAGAAAAGCAAACAGGCGAUGACCAUGCCAAGGAAUGGACACACUUUUUCUGAGUCAGAAAGUGAAGAAGGAAGCAGUAGUGAUGGCAGUAGUCUCAACGAAGAUGAAAAAUUUGCUAGUAACUUUCUUAAUGUGCGUAAAACCAAUUUUUCUUCCUCAGGCCCCAGCAUCAUUAAGUUUCCAACAUCCAGCUCUGUCACCAAACAGGAAUCUUCUCCAAGGGCAAGACUUGGUGAUGGAAUGGGACUUGAUACUUUUUCAUCUGGGAAAAUCAAGCCAGAAAAAAAUCAGUGUUCUUCAGUUUACAGUAGUACCACUGCUGCUAGUCCUGUUCACAAACAACCACCCAAGAAAACUGCUCCUACUCUAAGUGAUGAGGACUUGAACGCUUUAUAUUUUCCAUUGGAAAACUAUGAUUUCAAAUUGGCAUGUUCUCAAUGUUUUGUCAAGACUGGGGAAGGUGUGCAAGGCUAUAAUUUCUACGAUUUCAAACACACAUGUGAUAAAGACUAUCUUGUAGUGAAGCUGAAGGCAACCAUGUCAACCAAAAAUAUCACCUGGAUUAGAAUACGCCCUCGACCGGAGCACAAAAAUCCGAAGUUGAUUUAUCACUACAAGAAGUGUUUACAGUUUACACAGAGUCAGCCAUGUAGAGUUGGUGAUGAUCGAUGCACAUUUGCCCAUACAAAGGCUGAGAUGGACCUCUGGGAGAUGGAUAAAGACGAACAGUUCAAAUCUAGCUGGGAUUUGGAGACAUUCAUACAAAACAAUAUUGCUCAGAAUGAACCAGCACAACCUGUACAGUCACCAGGCAUCCCUGGCCUCAACUUUAAGCAAAAGAAAUCCAAAUCUGCCACACAGGCUGCUAAACAACAAGAGGCACUCUUGAGGCAGCCAGUUGUAAAGCAAGAACCCCUCCUUAAACCCCCUGUCCUGAAAGCACAUCAGACCGAGCCUGUCCCAGCCCCAGUGGUGAAAAUGCCGACGUCCAAACCUAGAACUACGCUUUUUGAAGCACCUUCCAGAGGUACAGCAAUCCGUACACAAAUGUCUCCACCUGAACCUUCAUACCAACCAAGCACAACUGCAGCCUUGCUUCCUAAACCUCAACAUUCCUCUGUCCAGUAUACACCUCAACAUCUGGUGGCCUCCCCGGUAAGGCCAAAUCUGAGUCGACCACCACCUCCAUUUGGAGGAAACACAGGAAAUUUUACACCAACGAUGAAUGUUAACACCAGAUUUCCCCCUCCAAGAAUGCCUGGUCCACAACAAACUACAAAUAAAUACCAUGUCUCGUAUCCAAGAAUGCAGGCUCCCCAAGGUGGUUUUUUUCGACAAGACAAGCCACAUUAUCACUCAGGUCCUACAAACCAAACACAGAUGAGACCAAAUCUGAUGCAGGCACCAGCACCAAAACCAGCCUCAGAAAUGCCAUCACAGACAGUAGAAACCAACCAACCAGUCACAAUUCUUAAAUUUCCAUUAAGAGACACUCAUGAUUUCAAACUAGUGUGCAAAGUGUGUUUUGUUUAUGGCAACCAGCCUGGAUACUACAUGCCUCAACAGAAAACUCAUAAAUGUGAGGAGAAUGUGCUAACAGUGAAACUUAAAGGGCAAUCAGUGCCCUGGCAUUGUAUUAGGGAACGCAAAAAUCAUCGUGAGUUUCCAGGUAAGUACAUCUUAUGUAAUAGUGUGUAUUAUGGAAAUCCUGGUCUCUGUAGGUAUGGAGAAGAGUCUUGUUCCUUUGCCCACAAUGUGGAAGAGCAGACAUUAUGGACAUUGGAAAAGGAUGAAAAAUUCAACAUCACAGAAUUCAUCAUGCAGAAUCGUUCAGUUAGUGUUGCCAAGGGAUUUACACUUGGGGAUGUUCUGAAAAAACAUGGAGGAUCUUUUGACUUCAUUUGUAAAUUCUGCUAUUGCAGCACUCCUCGAAGUAUUUCAUUCAAAGGGUCUGGUGAUUUCUGUAGUCCUAAAGGACAUCAGUGGUCUGAGUACAAGAUAAUGGCUCAUUUUGCAAAUGACGGAUCAAUUAAACUCAUCAAUCAAAGAGGUUUCCUACAUAAAACAGCCUUCUUCAAAAUUUGCAAGUGGCUGCAGUUCUGUAGAAAUCAAAUCAAUGCAGAGUGUCGAUUUGCACACAGCUUGGUGGAGAGAGAUAUAUGGAUGUUGGAGAGGGAUUCUGGGAUGUCCAAAGAAGAAAUAGUGGACGAGAUCAACAAAGCCAUUGUUCAACCUAUCGGUCAUCAGCAUGAAGCAUCACCUCCUGUAGAUCAGACAGUUAUUGUGCAAUCAGCAUCUGCAGGACUCUCACUUUCUGCAGUUGUAGCACAGAAAACACCAAAUGCUGUUGCAAAUGUGAAGCAAAAUCUAGAUCUUGAGGAUAAUGAGUGUCCAUAUGUGAUCACUGCUAUAUGUCAAACCUGUUGGAAGAAUGGAAAAAAGAGUGUUCAGGAUGGUCAUAAGGAUCGCUGUGUGAAAUCCCACUCUAACUGGAAAACAAACAGAAUUUUCUUGCUUGCUACUGCUAAUAGGGAAAUCAGACCACUACCAAGAAAGAUUCCAGGUGGAUUUGCUUUUAUCAUUUGCAAAUUUAUUAGGAACAAGACCAAGUGUGGAUAUACAGGAGGAGGGUACUGUCAAUUUGCUCACAGUCAGGAGGAACUGGAGGUCUGGCAGUGGAUGUGCACACACAGCUUGACAACCCUAGAACAGUUGCAUGAAGCCAGCAGAGAAAGUCAGAAGAAGCGACAGUCCUUAGUUAAGUCCAAGAUCACAAGUGGAGAAUCAGUGAUUGCCGUGAAGAAUGUGAUCACCAUACCCAUUCAGUCUAACUUCAAUCCCCUAUACUGUGCCUACUGUGGCAAGCAGUGUAAUAGUCAGAAACAGUGGGAUGAACACUGUGCUUCAGAGAGGCAUAACUUCAAUGUGAGCUCUGACAAGGAGCACCAAUGGAACUACAGACAGCCACCCUGGGGUAUGCCUGGGAGCAACUAUGAACUCUGUCCCAAGAAUGAAAAUGGUGGAAAAUGUACCUACUCCAAUGUUCCUGACAUGUACAACAUGUGUACACAUGCUCACUCAAUUGAGGAGCUGGAAGAAUGGAAGGAGAGACAUGAAUGGAGACUGAUGAAGCGAGACAUGGCUCGCCAGGAAAUGGUCUUUUCCUAUAUGGACCAGCUACUGGAGAAAUACGAACAGGCGGAGUCUGCUAUAGGUGUUAUAUCAGAAGAUCUAGAGGGAGUAUCUGUGACCUGUAACCAGGACCUAGUGAGAUAUGAAGAGAACAAAGAUGCCACAUUUAUGUGGACAUUCACUAUCAAAUCUCAGUUACCUCUUCAAAAGUUGGCUCUGCUGUAUAACAAGGACCGUCUGCACUUUUCCUUGUCGGGUAAAGGAUUGGUUGGACACUGCCAGAUAGCCCAAGGCACUAGCUGUGAGGAGAUGGACCGUGAUGGGCCAUGUUACAAAGUGCAGGUCAAGUUUACAGCUGCAAUGUUUGGGUCCUUUAGCCAGUGGGUUAUCUUUGACUUUGGAAAGGAGCCAGUCCUUGUUAGAAAGCUUUCUGUAGAGGUGGGAACAAUGCACAUGCAUGACAAAAUCAGGAGUUUGCGACGGCAACUUCAGUUUGACCGCUGGACCAGUGAGAACAGGGUUAUAAUCAAGAAUGAGGCAGAAUGGGUGGAUGACUUGGAGAAGAUGCUGACAAACAAAUACAAAGCUCCAUCAGAAGCUGAAAGUGUAGUCACCCAGAACAGUUUAGUGACAGAACUCAACCGCAACAACUACACACAUAAGAUGAAGAAACUCUUAGAGCUUGAAGAAAUUACAAGACACCAAAUCAUAGCUGAAUACAAUCUAGAGGUGACAAUUGAGUGUGUAGGGGGUAUUGAGGAAGACACCUACUUGUAUGCCCACCCAGGAGAGCUGUUUGCUAAGGUACCUCUGAAUGAUUAUCUGACAGAAGACACUGAUGCAGGCAAGCUCAUCUUGAGCAGUGUACGUAAAGUAUUAAUCGCACCUACUAACAAUAGCAGCAAAACUGUGUUUGAAGCAGCAAUUGUGAGGAAAGACAAUUUUGAUUAUGAUGGGAGAGGCAAAGAGUAUAUCUACCUGUGCUUGUCCAAAGCAUGUGUAAGACAGCUGAAUCUGAAAAGGAACAUGAGCGUCGCAGUAGAGAUUCAGUUCCAGAUGGACCGCAGGCAUUUCUGUAUGAUGCAUUUUGCCAUUGACAAGAUGCACACAACUGAUGUAGUCUUCCCAGACAUCUCCAAGUACCGACCACUGUGGAGUGAGAGACAUGACCUCAAAGUCAGCUCUGACAUCUUGAAUGUGGAACAGAUCCAGGCUGUGAAGCACAUAGUGGCCCAGCGAUCUGGGUACACCCCUCCGUUUGUCAUGUAUGGUCCAUUUGGUACAGGGAAAACGGAAACCAUUGCACAGGCAGCAAUGGUCCUACUGAAGGAAAAACCAUCUGCAAGAAUCCUCAUAUGUGCUCAGUCAAACAGUGCUGCAGAUUUGUACAUUCUGAAACACUUGGGACCAUUCCUGAAGAAACACCCAAAAAUAAAUCUGCGGAGAAUUUACUUCAAAGAAAGGCGUAUCAACACAGUUCACAAAGAUGUGAAGCCCUUCUGUUUGCUCACACCUGAUUGUAGUGCCUUUGGAAUGCCAACAAGAGAGGACAUUGAACUUCAUCAGAUUGUCAUUGUGACCCUGUCCACAUCACUGGUGCUUACCAAUCUGGGCCUUUAUGGUCACUUCACCCACGUCUUUAUUGAUGAAGCAGCACAGGCAUUAGAGGUAGAAACUAUCAUGCCACUAUCUCUCUGCAACGAAAAAACAUGUGUAGUGUUAGCUGGUGACCACAAACAGAUCAGUCCGAAAGUGUACAGCCGAGAGGCACGUAACCAGAAUUUUCACAUUUCUCUUUUGGAGAGGCUUUACCAGUAUUAUGACUCUCAUUCCAGCAAGAUUGACCAGGCUAGCCCUGUCAACAUUCUCCUCAACAUCAACUACCGCUCCAAACAUGAGAUUCUCCGAUUUAUCUCUGCCAUUUUCUAUGGAGGUCCAGACAAGCUCGAGUCUCAAGCCAAGCUGCCCUCAGUGUUAACUAUUACACCACUGACAUUCUAUGCUGUUCAGGGACGCGAGAUGCAAGAUAAUGACAGCACUUCAUUCUACAAUCUCUCAGAGAUCCAGGAGAUUGUUGAGAGAGUAGAGGAUCUCUUUUAUAACUGGCCCCAAGAGUGGGGACCUCGCCAGGCAAAAGAUAUUGGAGUUGUCACACCAUAUUAUGAUCAGGUUCAGUUGAUCCGCAAAUCUCUCAGAAAACGACAUUCAGAGCUAUCAUCUGUCACCGUAGAAAGGGUCAACAAUGUUCAAGGCAAAGAAUUCCGAGCUUUAUUUUUGUCCACUGUGAGGACAUGCAGUAUUUUGGAAUCACCGACACCAGCUGGACCAACUACAGUUGAUGAUGGUGAUUUUGGAUUCCUAUCAGAUUCCAAGCUCCUUAACACUGCACUGACUCGUGCCCAGUCCUUUGUUGCUGUCAUAGGAGAUCCAGUAGCCCUCUGUGCUGUAGGAGAGUGUGUUAAUGUGUGGAGGCUGUUUCUUAAGCAUUGUGAUAACAUGAAAAGCAUUCAUCCAUCAACAGUCACGCUUAAUACAGUCAAACAGCAAGUGUCAAACCUACUAAACUCAUCAGCCAAAGACCGUAUGAUGGAGAUAGCGAACCAGCAGCGACAGCAAGAUAUAGACAUGGUGCAAUCUAUGCCUGCAAGUUCAGAGGCCCAUUGGGAGGUACCAGCUGGCAAUGUCGCCCAAAUACUGAGUGGCCACCUCAAUGGAUUAGACACUCCCAUGCAAAGACAGACUAGUUUUGAAGACUAUCUGAGUAACCUUGAUGUUGAAGACUUGGCUGAUGCAGAUGACGUUAUUAAGCAAUUAACCAAAGAAGCAGCUGGAUCUGUAAGUUGCAGUGAUUUCAAAAUUCGAGAGGAAGACGAGCAUGCAAUAUUAUAUGUUGGUGGGACUGGGAAUGAGGAACCUGAAGAUGAAAUCUAUCCCUCUAUUUUCAAUGAAAAGAAUCUGCUAAAUUUGCUGAAAGUUCAGCCUAAUCAGUUCAAGCUCUGUACAUUGAAAGUUUUGUCCAGAUCCAAGAUGUAUGCAGAGAUCCUUGAUUCAUCUUUACCUUACAGCAAAAUUCUCAUCAACACCAGACAACAUUGUGGUCGUGCAUUUCAUAUGGAUGAGGUUGUAGUACAGCUUUUAUCAACAGAUAUCGCUGAACCUGUAGAUGGCUGUCCACAUGGCAAGGUUGUUGGUGUCCUCAGGAGGAGUACAGACAUAAAGAAUAGACUGUUUGUGUGUACAGCCUCAGCUGAUAAUACCGGCCUGAUGUGGCCCAUCAACCAAGGUAUUCCAUGCAUAUACAAUCUCUUGACAUCUAAUUCAGAGUGUGUAAACAAUAAUUUGGUGUGUGUCUAUCGGUAUUCACAAAGCAAAACUCUGCGAUUCCAUGAAGCGGUGGAAUUGGAUUGUACUAAACCAUCUGAUAAACUAUUUGUAGUGCAGUACCUGAAAUGGGAUCCAACAUUCUCAUUGCCGAUAGGUGUCGUAGUGGGCUAUAUACCAGCUGGUACAACAAUAGAUUUUGGCUUACAGAUCCUCAAUGUAGAAUACAACAUCCCAAAAAGGGUGUUCAAAACAGAGAUUGAAGGAGAAAUCAACCUCAAGUAUCCCACAACUUACUCCAUUCCAGAUCAUGAAAUUCGUAUUCGUCAUGAUAUCAGACAGAAUUGGACAUUCUCAAUUGACUCACCAGGUGUGGAAAACAUCAGCAAUGCCUUUAGUGUAGAUGAAUUAGGUGAUGGAAGCUACUCAAUAGGUGUACAUGUGGCUGAUGUGGGUUACUAUGUUAAGAAGGACAGUGCACUUGACAAAGAAGCCAUGUCACGUGGAACUUCUUUCAGCACACCUAACAGCACAGUCAAUAUGCUCCCUGAGAGACUUGGGUCAGAGAUAUGCAGCUUGAAACCAGGGGAAGAUCGUUUAGCUCUGUCUGUGUAUAUGAAUGUUUCUGCUGCUGGGGAAGUAACUAAAAUUCAGCCAAAGAAAUGUGUGAUCAACACGAAAUGUAUAUUUACAUACCAGGAGGUACAAGAGACACUUAAUGACCCUGGAGCAGGUGCUGACUAUCUGAAGAGUUGUCUUCUUGUCCUGUAUCAUAUCUGCAUGAUCUGGAGGAAAGAAAGGUUAGGGAAUGCCAGCAAAUACCAUGACCUUAAGACACGAGAAAAGCUGACACCAGAAGCCCACCUCAUAGCACAAGAAUUAAUGCUGAAGACAGAUCAUCAAGUAGCCAAACUACUUGUUGAAAAGUUCCCAAAUACCACUCCCUUGAAAUGUCAGAAAGAACUCCAGUCCGUAGAUAAAAAUAAGUGGAUGCAGGAGUAUGCAGGUGAUGCCGUGAAUUCCAUAGCUCUGACAAAGCCAUUCCUGGAGGGUUCCGCUACCUGUAAUUGUAAGUUAGCCUGCACCUGUAUUAUGAAUUACAUCCGACAGUUGGGAAAGAAACCACAAGAUCCCUUUGAGAUGUUAACUGUUUUAUGGGAAUCCCUGUGCCAAGCAGCAGAUGCAGGUGAAAUUGCUUACUCUCAAAGUUAUGUUAUAGAACCAGAAUACCAUCCACAGCUGAUGCUUGCUUUAUCUAAACUACAUGAAAUCCAGAACCCGCCUGUCUUUGUUUGUUCUGGAGAUACUACUGUGUUAAACCAGGGACAUAGUUCACUUAAUCUCUCUCCGUAUGUCUCUUUCACCAAGCCUAUCACUAGGUAUGCUGAUCUGGCAGUGGCACGCCUGGUUACAGCAGUUAUUGAAGACCAACCUUCUGUAUACAGUCGUCAAGAAAUCCAGUCUCUAUGUAUACACCUGACUACAGUUUGUCGACAUUCUGAUUCGUAUGAUAAAGCAGUACAUAGUCUCUAUCUGAGCUCUGCUCUUAAAGCCCGUCCACUUGUACUACAUCCAAUCAUACAGAAUCUUGAUGAAAAUAACAUUCAAUUGUGCUUUCAAACCAUUGGUGAUAUCUCUGAGAACAGAAUCCAGCUACCUUCAUUGCAUACUUCUGAGAAACCUAUAUUAGAUGAUAAUGGUAGUGUUCAACUGACAUGGCAAGAUCGCCUAUAUGAUUUAUUGCCCAAAGCUACCAGGGAUAUAUCUAACUUGUCAACUGAAGUCCUAAAUCCUAGCAGGUUUAUAUCCAGAAUUCCAGCAUUUCAAUGGCAAAGGUUACUGAGUGCUAUCCGAGAGGAGAACAUGCUGAAGCUUCAAAGUGCUGUUAUGUCAGUGCGGCCUCAUGUUAAACAGGCAGCUCUGAGUGAAGGAUAUGUAGUAGAUGUGUCUGUAGGCAAUAAGUUAAAUGGCAAGAUUAAACACUAUGCAGACUUUAAAUUGACCCUGUCUACCUGUGAUGUUGUACAGGUACAGAUGACAGCUCAAUUACGUAAUGGCCUCAUCACACCUUCUCUACAGUUACUGUGUUUGACUCCUUCACUGGAAGUCUGUCUAGAGCACCGAGACGAUCCACUCACAUGUUUUUCUGCACACUGCAUUCCUCCAGCAGAUAACACAGCCUAUCCAGAUGUAGCUUCCUACCAACAAUUAUGGCUACCUGUUCUAGGAUUAGAAUCUGCUCAUAAUGCUGUAACGUCAAGUCAAUCUGUUGUGGUUAAAAAUCUGUGUAUGGAAUGGAAAGAGGAAAAGUUGGCAGGAUCCUCAAAGAUUGUUGCAAGUUUUUCAGUCCCAUUAAUCUUCUGUAUGGAACGCCAGUUUAUAAUUAGGAAUGAUGUCAACGUCAUUGAUAUUUUCAUACCUGAUAAUGCUAAGUUUGCAUCAAGCUAUUUUCGGAACUUUCUUUGUGUGCGAUACAACAACUUGGAGGUUGCAGAUGAUCCCAGCUUGAAUGAGAGUGUUGCAUUGUCAGUAAACAAUGGGAUGCCCAUAUGUUGGGUAGGACAUUGUCAGAUUGUGUCAGUCAAGAGAGUCCAGGAUAAUGUCGUGGUUAAUAUUGUUCUUGUGCACAACAGUUCCACCAUUCCCUCACAGUUACUUGGUGCCCAGGGCAGCAGUCUUCAUUGUACUUUGGAAUGGAUCCCUAAGACCUCUCAUGACAGGUUAAUGGAAUAUUCUGUACAAUUGCUAACAGAAGCAUCCCAACUAGCUCAUGAUAUUGUAUGUGGCAGAGUCAAUGGGGCUAUCAGUAAAAGUGAUGUAGAUGCUUUGUUACAACUGCUAGUGACAGGAAUGCCAAGACUUUCUGAUGACCAAGCCGACGCAGUAAGAAUGAGUCUCCAACAACGCUUUACUGCCAUACAGGGUCCAGUAGCCUCGGGCAAAUCGCUCAUUGCCAGCUACAUUGCUUACUUAUUCUCCCGACGUAAUGCCUCAGGAGGCCGUAAAAAUCAGGUGUUAGUGUGUGGUCCCACAGAUCAGUCAAUAGACAUAUUAACAGCAAACUUGCAAAAUCUUGGAAAGAUGUGUCCAAAAAUACUGAGAGUGUAUAGUGAAGAAAUAGAGCAAAAGGAAUUUCCCAUACCAGGGUCAACAGUUCCAAGUAAUGAACAGAAACCAUUAGGAGAAGAGUUUCAUUCCCCUUCUCCAAAUGACACUUCUCUACAUCAUGUCAUCCGACGAGGCUCCAACUCUUACAGUCAGACUAUCAAUGAGUAUGACAUGCUUUUUAAGAUGUAUCCUGAUGAUAUCUCCCCUGAUCAGGUAGAGGAGUACUGUCAAAUGAAGGCUGAUGCUGAAGCAGCAGAAAUAGGCAUGGCAGAAAUCAUCCUGUGUACCUGUGAUACAGCAGCCAGUUCCAAGCUAUCAAACAUCGCCGUGGAACAGAUAAUAAUUGAUGACUGUGGUAUGUGUUCUGAAGCCGAAGCUAUGACCCCUGUGAUCCACCAUACAAAUGCUAAACAGGUUACAAUUCUUGGUGAUGCUAUUCAACUACCCCAUAAAGUCAAUAGCCCAACAGCCAAGGUCCUAGGUCUCACAACCUCUCUACUGCAGCGAUACAUUGAAAAGGCCCUGGUGCUCAAAAAAUACUUCCGUAUGCAUGAAGGAAUAGCAUCUUUUCCGUUUGAACAUUUCUACGAAAAUACUCCUCAGCGCGGGAGCAUUGAACAGAGAGUCCCAGGAAAAGUGAAUAUCUGGCCAGCAGGGACAAACCUACCCUUUGUUUUCUGUCAUGUGGUAGGCAAGGAGGAGGCUGUUACAAUCAGGACCGACAGGGGAUUGGAGCUCUCACAUGUUAACAUCAUGGAAGUUAAUAUUGCAGUAACCACAGCCUGUAAGUUAGUGAGUCGUCAUGGUGUACCCGAGUCCAAAGUCAUUGUUUUCACCCAGUAUCAAGUACAGUGUGAGACAAUCAGGAAGAUGCUGUUGAAUGCUGGUCAUAAGAAUAUCCAAGUCUCUGAUGUCCUUUCUGCACAUGGUGGUGAUUGGGAUUAUGUGAUCUACAGCACUGUCAGGUCAUUGCCUCAGUUUAAGAUAGACAGAUACAGCGGUAGGAAAUGGUGUGAGGAUCACUUAGGAGUCAGUGAUGAUCACUGUCAAGUUAAUGUGGCUCUCACUCGGGCCAACAAGGGUAUAAUUCUUAUUGGCAACAAGUUUCUGCUAAGAAGUAGCUACAUUUGGGCUAGUCUGCUGAAAAAGUACGAGGGCUGUGGGGCAGUUGUGGACAGUCAGGCCAUGUUCAAGCUCCUUGGUUAGACACCCCUGUAAUGUGGUUGUAGGUGUUGUACAAAUGGACAGCUGAUCAACACGUGAAAAUUGCACUAUUAAAGCAGUAGAUUUUUCUCUUACUGAAGCUAUAAGUUAAUUAGGUAAUGAAGCAGUGUUGAUAUAAACAUUCAAGAUUUUAUCGAGUUUUGCACAUUAUUUCCAUUAUAUAUCGAUACCUAGAUAUGACAUAGCUUGUAGACACAAGGCGAUAAGUUUUCCUGGAGAAUUUUCAUGUGACAUUGUAAAUAACAUCACAGUUAAACUGAUUACAUUUAAUUUUGUGAUCAAAAUUGUAAUGAUGAUCCCCUGAUAUUGUGUUUAUGAUAUAUAUGUAACCCUAUCAUGCACAGAUAUAUUUUUUAUUGACAAUAGAGAGGAAGGAGCUGAGACUGUUGUAAAUUUUGUGCAUGUGCUGUAUUUUUCAGAGAUUAGCUUUUUAUUAACCAAUAUUUGUGCCUUAUCUACUGCACUUACAAACAGAUUGAGAGGAAAUUGGCAUUCAUGACACAUCUUGUUUAAGAAAUUCAAUAUUAUCAUACGCAAGUGCUAAAGCAGUGCUAUAUUUGAAGAGCAAAGUAUUGAAUUAUUUUCACAGAUGAAAAGCUAUGCAAUGAUUUCAUGCAUUACCACAACAACGCAUCUACAGGAGUUGUUGUAAGAUGACAACUACAAACUGUGUGAAUUAUUUUCAUGUUUAAAUUUUGUGUGGCUUUUUUUUUGGUUUCAACAAUUCCAUUUUCAGUAUUAGGAUUAACUUGGACACAUGAAAGUUCAUAAUAUUAAACAUCCUUAAUUAUGGAUCAAUCUAAAUUGAAAAUGAUCAAAUAAUCAAAUUAAAUACUUGUAAAUACAUUUAAUUCUCAAAAUUUGAAAGAUUUUUAUAUCAUACCGUUCAGUUGGUAAAUUGAUUAUUCUUAUAUGUCAUAUUGAUUCCGGACAAAACUCUGUAAAAUAUUUUAGUAUUUCCUGAAUUCGAAUGAUAUGAAGAUUCUGGAAAACCAAAUUGAGACAUUUUUAUUGAUUCAUUGUUUAUUUUCAUUCAAAGCUAGUUUUGUUUGUUCUGUUUUAAGUUAUUUGAGCAAAAUGUACACAGUUAAAAUGUAAUUAUUAUGUCGUGCUUAUUUAGUGAAAUAGAUUGAUUUUGAUAAGUUUGAACUCAUGGUAUAUUUCUUUAAUAUGUUGAGAUACAAACCAGAGGGUUGAACACUACAUUAGCAAGUGUUCACUAGUAAUUGAUUAAAUUGUGAAUUCCAGUGAAAGGUGAAUUGUUUCUGAAAUAUACAAAGGUUUGUUAAUACUAUGUAUUAUUUUAAACUAUGAAUACUACCGGUCUUGUAACAUGGGUAUUUCAGAAAACAGUUUUAUAUGAUUACCAUAAGUAUUGAUUUGAUAUAUUUUUUGCUGUGUUUUCAUUUGUUUUUUGUCUUCAUGAUGAUGAUUCCAGCAGAUGAAGGAUUACUUUUGUCUCUGGCACACUCAGUGCUGUUACUAGACGUAACAGUAUAGUUUAAUGGUGAUACCUACAAUCAAUGUACAACAUUGACAGUUGUCAGAAUAUUAAACAUGGUGCAGGUUUCAGAAACCCUUUUAUCACAAAUUGUUGAUCAUGUUGUUGAAUUAUAGUUUCUAUUCAUUAGGUACACGACUUUCAACAUAAUCAAAUUUUGCCUUUAAAGCAUACAAGUCUUACAGGACAGGAAUGCAUUAAAUCAUUUAAUAGUGCUUUGUUUCUAUUUGCUUGAUAAAACCUGUUAAUAUGAAAAAUGUCAUAUUGUUUAUGUUUUAAAUAAGGUUUCCUGCAAUUUGUCUGUGGAAUAUGUAAUAGUGUUACAAUGUUUAUAGUGAUAACCUUGUUCUUAAAAUCCUACGAAUGUCUACAGCAAAUGCAGUAUUGCUGUUUGUAUUACUUAGUUAUGGUGUAUAAUGAAGUCCCAUGUUAUACCCUAAUUCAAUAUUAUAAUAGAUUUUAUAGAGUUAGCAUGAUUAUUUACUGGUUUAUUGACUGUGAUGGACUUGUUUGGUAGUUUUCACCGAAUUGCUGGAAGAUUGACCAAGAUUCAACGAUGUAAUGAACUCCGUCAUAAAUUUUAGGCCAUUUUAAAAUAUAAUUGGUUGUACUUGAAAUAAACUGUAUAUUAUGCAUCAUGUAGCAAGUUUUUAAUAGAAGAUAAGAAUGGAAUAAUAAUUACUUAUUAUUAGUUAACUUGGUCUUGCCAGUUGUAAAAUAGUAGCGUUAAAUAGAAACAUUUUCUCAAAAUAAAGACUCAAUCAUUUGUUUUCCUUCUAAUAAUUGAUAUAGAUACAAUCUCUUUAUAAGGACUGCUGAUGUGAAAUUCAUCAUAUCUCGAAGUAUUUUAAAUUAAAAGGCUUGUGUAUACAUAAACUUUGUUUCAUGUAGAUGAUUAACAUUAUAAAUUGAUGGUAAUACACAAAAAAAUACCUGAAUCCUGAUCGAUAUUCCGAAUUUAUUAAAAAGACCCAAUAAAGGUUUAUUUCUUUAAA